AUGGAUGAUUGGUGGUGGUGGGCAUUGGUGGCGUUUUCCUCGGUUCUAGCCCUCCUUCUAACCUCAUCCGCCAUCUACUUUGGUGUUCGAAUAUGUUUCCGACACUUCGCACACGCCAUCAAAUAUUCAGGUGAGCUUUUCGCUUUUCUUAAAUUUGUUUUGUUCAAAAUCACUGGUCCAAAAAAUUUACAUAUAAUUCUAUUUUUAUCAAAUAAACUAUCUAAAAAUAAUCUAAUCUCUCCACACUUUACGUAAAUAUGUUUUAGGCAAAGCUUAUUUCAUUCUGUCAUCUUUCGUAAUCCGUUGUUCAGAUCCUCAAUCCUCGAUUAUAAAUAAUCCAGGCUUCUUCAUCAGUUCAAAAUUCGUGCAUUUUUUGUUAUUAGUUUUUCUCUCUAGUGAUUUGUGUUGGAGGAAUUUUCGAGCGUUUAAUUAAAAUUUUUGGGCAAAAUUUAUGGAUUUUUAAUCGAUUUCUGUUCCAUUAAUUUUAACGAUUAUUGUUUUUUUUUUUCUCAUAAUGUUGGAAGAAAAAUCAUUUUUUGUUGUUUUUUUGGGGGGAAAAAAUAUUUUCUGAAAUUUUUUAGUUCAACAAUUUUUUGCCUACAGUUAAAAAUUUUAAUUUUGAAGUUCUGAAAUUCUGAAAACCAAGUUUUUUGAUUUUGAUUCCAAUUGGUAAAAAAUUUUCAAAACUUACACUUACAGUAAUCAAAAUUUUUUUGAUCUACUAAUUUUAUAGAAGAAUCUAUAAAGUUUUGUAAUUUUGACUACAGUAACCUUAAUUUUUGAUCUACGAUAGCCUUAUGAUCUAUGAAAGCCUUACUCUCUGCACAAAAAUUUUUUUCAAAUAUUGUUAAUUUUUACUGGAUAAAAUUUUGAGAUCUUCACUCAUCCAGAAAUCUACAGCACCCCCAAUUUUUGAGCUACUCAAAAAUAACGAAAAUUGUUAUGAUCUACAAUUUUUAGUUUUAAAAAUAGCCCAGCUUCCACUUUUUUUGACAGAAUACAAAUAAACAAAAAUCUCACAAGAUUUUUCUGCACAACAAAAAAAUCCGAGCAAAAAAACAUAUAUAUUAAUCAAAAGUAUAAGGUUGGAAGAAAAAGCAAAAGCAAAAAGGCCAGCAUGAAAAAUUGAUGAUUUAUGAAUUUCAAUAUGUAGUUUCUUCACACCAUUAAUCUUCUCAUUUUUUCAUUUGUCUUGGGUGGUUUUUGUCGUCGUCGUCGCCUUUUUGGCUGGCGCGAAAAAGAAAAGAAAAAAGAACACUUCUGAAUAGACGAAUUACUCUUGUUUUCCUAGCAAUUUCUAUUCCAAUUUUUCUAUUUUUAUUUCUUCUGUGCAGAAAGCAUCCUCCCAAAAAAACGGAGCCGGAACUCGUUUUGAAUAGCCAUCUAAUUGACAGUUCUGACUGAAUCUUCCAUUUCUUCUCGCUCGAAAUUCUCUCAGAGUCAGAAAAAUCAACAAAAAAGUCCCAGUGGAGCUUUAUUAUUCAUUAUUUUUCUCGUUCGUUCGUUCGUGCGAUUCGAUUCGAUUCGGCAGAAAAAAAAUUAUAGCUAUAAAAUCUCUUCUAGAAUUUUUCCGGAUUAUUUUUAAAAAUGUCGAGAUACUGGAGAAGAAUUAGCAAACCAGGUAUAUAAUUCUUUAAAGAAAUUCUGAAUUUUUGAAAUUAUUUUCAAAUUUCUUUUUUGCAGAAGUUCCAACAUCAGUGCCAGAAAUCAAAGUCAGCGUUCCACAAAGCACAUCAACACUAUCAAUCAGCAGUAAGUUCUUGGUUUUUGUGUUUUCCCCUUGACAACAACAAAAUCAACUUUCCCACAUACAUAUGUUCACAACCUCUCAAAAUCAUCACCCACCAAGGAAAAAAAUGCUCUUUUUUCUAAAAUAAAAGAGAAAAAAUCUUAUUGUUUUUGCUCUCUAUUCAUACACAUCUAUGUAUAACAUAUCAUUAACAAGUUUGAGAGCUCGCGAGCGCGCGCGAAAAAAAAGAAAAAGCUUGUGAGCAGCAAGCACACCGGUUCAUUAGCCAACAAUUUUCUUUUUUUUUGUGUUGCUGUCGCGCGGCUCAUCUCGUUUUCAGAGUGCCAAAUUCCUUUUGAUUUUUUCUCUUCUCUUUUUUUGUGCUAACAAAAAUAGAAUAAAUAUAAUGAUAGCCCCCUGUAACCAACCAUGAAAAACAAUUAGUUUUAUUCAAGAAAAAGUGCGUUUCUAUUUUUGUCAGUCUUUUUUCUUUUUUGCUUUCUUCUUCAUGAAGAGAAAAAAUAGAAAAAUACGUCAGGUUUUUCCCAAGAACAUACAAUUUUUCCUUAUCAAUCAACCCCAUUUAUUCAUAUUUGCACAAAGAAUUUCCAUCAUUUUUCUUGGAAAAAACCAAGUUUCCAAUCUUCAUUUUUUCUAGAGAUGAAUGGCACGUAUCGUGCUCGAGUUCUUAGUCGAAAUGGUUGCUCGCCACCGUGGAUGGAUAGGAAUUAUGAGACAUCUACAAGAUCAUCGCCAUGCACAAGUCCAGCAGUAGCUUCUACGUAAGUUCAGCACAAAUCUAGGAAUUUGAUUGAUUCUUCCAAAAUGUUGGUGUGUAAAUGCGCUCUGCUGAUAAAGGUGCUUUUCCCAGACUCAAAAAAAUAGAGAAAUAUAUUUUUGAUCUACUUUCGAGAAGCUUAGAGACGAAGUACUUAUUUGUUAUAAAAAAAUGCUUCAGAGAAAGUUUUUUUGAAAAAUAUUAUUUUUAGGAAUUUUUUACUGAUCGAUAUAUGUGAAAAAUAGCACAACCCUUUAUUCCCCUUGAAGUUAACAUGACAUCACCCAAAAAAUAAAAGUCCAUCCUUCCAAAAACAUCUCAAAACACCCAAUUAUCCCCCGCAAUUACUCUUCAUCAUUUGGAGCAAAAAAAUUGGGAAAAAUCUCUAAGAGCAAAGAUUUUCGACCACCUUUUUUUCAGAUCAAGCAGGAGAAAUAUUUCCAGCUUCUCCCAAUAUAUUUUUCCUCAUCAUCUUAUUUUUUCUUCUCCCAGUAAAGUAAUCCAUUAAUCCAAUAUGAGUAAUAGGAUUCUUCUUUUAUAUGUGUAUAUUCGACAAAAAAAUUUGGUUGAUGAUACACAAAGAAGAAAAGUGUGAAAACAUUUCUUUUUCUCCAGCUCAUGAAUAUUUAUGUUAGGCUAACUUUUUCUCUAACGAGAUAUUAGGUCAUUAUGUUUUUCCAAGUUUAUGGGAUUCUCAACUUUUUCUUCAAGCUUUUUUGCUUUUUGUGAUCCAGAUGCUCUCUCAAUUCUCCCAAAGAUUAUUCCAUGGUCCAAAAGGUUACCACUCAAAAAUCCAUAUAUUUUAGAGCAAUAGGUGUGUAUAGAUAUAUAUCAUAUUUCGGAGCUCACACAAAGCCGCUUUCCUCUGUCCCCUUUUCUUUUUUCACUUUUUGUUUUGUUUGGAGAUUUUUUUUUAAAACGGAAAUUCAUUUCCCUUCAUUUUUUCCGUGGCAAGAGAUCGGACAUCUGGCAACAUACAUUCGUUAUAUUUUUGUUUUAAGAAAAAAACUGCACUUUUUGACAUAACUCAUUUUCUGAUCUACAUUUUUUCGGGACCAACGGUCUCUCAUAAAAAAAGCAUAAAGUUUCAUCUCUUCUUCGAAAUUAUUAGAAAACCCAUAAAACCCGGGGAAGUGAUAAAAUAGAAGAAGAAGACACAUGUCUGUUUUCAACUAACAUACACCAAACUUUUUUAUUAUAUCUUGUCACGAUAAUUAUUCUCUUCUUGUUUUGUUGCCAUCUUCCCCCAUUUUAACUUGCAGAAUGAUGACUUCGCUCCAUAUUUCGAGCUCAAUACAAUCGUGAGUUGUCCAAUUUCUUCCGUUUUUUUCUCCAUUUCUAAUAGGAAUUAGGAGAGCGAAAAGGCUAAAAGAUUACCUUCUUUUAUGCAAAAAAAAACGCAUCUAAUUAGACUCAUUCUUUUCUUUCGAUUUUCCCCUUUUCAAAUAGAACUAUCAGGAUAAAAAACCAGGGUUUAUAUAUAUAUUUUUUUUUUCUGAAAGGGAUAAGAUAUAACAGACGUUAUUCUUAAUAUUGGAAAUGGCUCUGUACAAAAUGACACAUGAUGGCCAAUAAAUUGGGAAUCGAUUUUUUUAAAAAGUACCACCCUUAAAAGUAUAUUCCACAUAAUAACUCGACCUGAAACUGAUUCUCUAAUUUAGGGUAACUCGGUUUAUGUGAGAGGGUCGAAAGCUUCAAAUGGUCGUAACUAGGCUUAAACUCAAUAUUUUUUGAUGAGUAAAAAAGCAUUUUGCUCGUCUCGGUGAGCUCUUGUUUGUUGAGUGAAGACCCAAAAACAAAAAUCACUCUCAACUUCUAUCCACAAACACCCCAUUUUGAAAAUCUUUUCAGAGGCAUUAGUGCACUCUCUAACCGCAAAAAUAAGAUUCGCCGUGAUUUUUUAGGUAGGUAUCGAUCAAAAUAAAAAUUUUAAACCUUGGCCCAAGUCGAGUUUUAUGGCCCUGAAAAGAUUUGAUCUAUUCCGCGCGCACACACGCGCGCGCACAUGUGUGUGUGCAUGUGUGUGGGUUACUGUAGUUUUUUUUAUUUUUUAUUUUUCAUCUUUUUUGUUCAAAAAUUGUCAGAUACUGUUUUUUGAGAAAUAUGAGGUUCUAAGCUAACGAUUUGCAGCUAGAAUUUUGACUGAAAAUCGAAAAUUUCAAAAUUUUCAGCUGGAAAAUGCUAAAAAUGGGCUAAAAUUUGAAAAUUUUGAUUUUGGUCUCAAAUUUUCAGAAAUGCUUAGGGUAGUUCAGAAAAACAUCUGAAAUUUGAAAUUUCAGCAUUUUCAGCCUGAUAAAGCUGAAAUUAGGCUGAAAAUGUGAUGAAAAUCAAACAUUUUGAUUUUGGUCUCAAAUUUUCAGAAAUGCUUAGGGUAGUUGAGAAAAACAUCUGAAAUUUGAAAUUUCAGCAUCUUCAGCCUGAUAAAGCUGAAAUUAGGCUGAAAAAAGGGGUAAAAAUCCAACAUUUUGAUUUUUAUCACAAACUAGGGGCUGUUAGCCCCCAGGCGGAACAAUAGUCUUCUAAUUUAUUUCAGUUUCACUUUUUUCUGUGAUUAUUGUCACUUUUCUGUGGAAAAUUCUGUGGAAACUGGAAGAGCUUCCAGAUUUACAAAUUUUUGAAAGAAAAAAAAUUGAUCAAAAAAUAUCAUUUUCUUUAGACAAUACUCAUUAGAUGCUCACUAAAUGAAAAAAAAAUCGGCCCGAGUUUUCUCGAAAAAAAAAUCAGCCCGAGAUUUUCCAAAAAAAAAAUCGGCCCGAGUUUUUUCAAAAAAAAUCGGCCCGAGUUUUCUCAAAAAAAAAUCGAGUUUUCUCAAAAAAAAAUCCGAGUUUUUUCGUUGGAUGAAAAAAAAUCGGCCCGAGUUUUCUCGAAAAAAAAAUCAGCCCGAGAUUUUCCAAAAAAAAAAUCGGCCCGAGUUUUCUCGAAAAAAAAAUCGGCCCGAGUUUUCUCGAAAAAAAAAUCGGCCCGAGUUUUCUCGAAAAAAAAAAUCAGCCCGAGUUAUUUCAAAAAAAAAUCGGCCCGAGUUUUCUCGAAAAAAAAAUCAGCCCGAGUUAUUUCAAAAAAAAAUCAGCCCGAGUUUUUUCAAAAAAAAAUCGGCCCGAGUUUUCUCGAAAAAAAAAUCAGCCCGAGUUAUUUCAAAAAAAAAUCAGCCCGAGUUUUUCAAAAAAAAUCAGCCCGAGUUAUUUCAAAAAAAAAUCAGCCCGAGUUUUCUCGAAAAAAAAAUCAGCCCGAGUUUUCUCGAAAAAAAAAUCAGCCCGAGUUAUUUCAAAAAAAAAUCGGCCCGAGUUUUUCUCGAAAAAAAAAUCAGCCCGAGUUAUUUCAAAAAAAAAUCAGCCCGAGUUAUUUCAAAAAAAAAAUCAGCCCGAGUUAUUUCAAAAAAAAAUCAGGCCCGAGUUAUUUCAAAAAAAAAAUCAGCCCGAGUUUUCUCGAAAAAAAAAUCAGCCCGAGUUUUCUCGAAAAAAAAAUCAGCCCGAGUUAUUUCAAAAAAAAAUCAGCCCGAGUUAUUUCAAAAAAAAAUCAGCCCGAGUUAUUUCAAAAAAAAAUCAGCCCGAGUUAUUUCAAAAAAAAAUCAGCCGAGUUUUCUCGAAAAAAAAAUCAGCCCGAGUUAUUUCAAAAAAAAAUCAGCCCGAGUUAUUUCAAAAAAAAAUCAGCCCGAGUUAUUUCAAAAAAAAAUCAGCCCGAGUUAUUUCAAAAAAAAAUCAGCCCGAGUUUUCUCGAAAAAAAAAUCAGCCCGAGUUUUUCAAAAAAAAUCGGCCCGAGUUUUUCUCGAAAAAAAAUCAGCCCGAGUUUUCUCGAAAAAAAAAUCAGCCCGAGUUAUUUCAAAAAAAAAUCGGCCCGAGUUUUCUCGAAAAAAAAUCAGCCCGAGUUAUUUCAAAAAAAAAUCAGCCCGAGUUUUCUCGAAAAAAAAAUCAGCCCGAGUUAUUUCAAAAAAAAAUCAGCCCGAGUUUUCUCGAAAAAAAAAUCAGCCCGAGUUAUUUCAAAAAAAAAUCGGCCCGAGUUUUCUCGAAAAAAAAAUCAGCCCGAGAUUUUUCCAAAAAAAAAUCAGCCCGAGUUUUCUCGAAAAAAAAAAUCAGCCCGAGUUAUUUCAAAAAAAAAUCAGCCCGAGUUAUUUCAAAAAAAAAUCAGCCCGAGUUUUCUCGAAAAAAAAAUCAGCCCGAGUUUUUUCAAAAAAAAUCGGCCCGAGUUUUUUCUCGAAAAAAAAUCAGCCCGAGUUUUCUCGAAAAAAAAUCAGCCCGAGUUAUUUCAAAAAAAAAUCGGCCCGAGUUUUUCUCGAAAAAAAAAUCAGCCCGAGUUAUUUCAAAAAAAAAUCAGCCCGAGUUUUCUCGAAAAAAAAAUCAGCCCGAGUUAUUUCAAAAAAAAAUCAGCCCGAGUUUUCUCGAAAAAAAAAAUCAGCCGAGUUAUUUCAAAAAAAAAUCGGCCCGAGUUUUCUCGAAAAAAAAAUCAGCCCGAGAUUUUCCAAAAAAAAAUCAGCCCGAGUUUUCUCGAAAAAAAAAUCAGCCCGAGUUAUUUCAAAAAAAAAUCAGCCCGAGUUUUCUCGAAAAAAAAAAUCAGCCCGAGUUAUUUCAAAAAAAAAUCGGCCCGAGUUUUCUCGAAAAAAAAAUCAGCCCGAGAUUUUCCAAAAAAAAAAUCGGCCCGAGUUUUCUCGAAAAAAAAAUCGUCCCGAGUUAUUUCAAAAAAAAUCGGCCCGAGUUUUCUCGAAAAAAAAAAUCAGCCCGAGUUAUUUCAAAAAAAAAUCGGCCCGAGUUUUCUCGAAAAAAAAAUCGUCCCGAGUUAUUUCAAAUAAAAAUCGGCCCGAGUUUUCUCGAAAAAAAAAUCAGCCCGAGUUAUUUCAAAAAAAAAUCGGCCCGAGUUUUCUCGAAAAAAAAAUCAGCCCGAGAUUUUCCAAAAAAAAAUCGGCCCGGAUUUUCUCGAAAAAAAAUCGUCCCGAGUUAUUUCAAAAAAAAAUCGGCCCGAGUUUUUUCAAAAAAAAAUCAGCCCGAGUUAUUUCAAAAAAAAAUCGGCCCGAGUUUUCUCGAAAAAAAAAAUCAGCCCGAGUUAUUUCAAAAAAAAAUCGGCCCGAGUUUUCUCGAAAAAAAAUCGGCCCGAGAUUUUCAAAAAAAAAAAAUCGGCCCGAGUUUUCUCAAAAAAAAAAUCGUCCCGAGUUAUUUCAAAAAAAAAUCGGCCCGAGUUUUCUCAAAAAAAAAAUCGGCCCGAGUUUUUUUCAAAAAAAAAUCGGCCCGAGUUUUCUCAAAAAAAAAAUCGUCCCGAGUUAUUUCAAAAAAAAAUCGGCCCGAGUUUUCUCAAAAAAAAAAUCAGCCCGAGUCAUUUCAAAAAAAAAUCGGCCCGAGUUUUCUCAAAAAAAAAAUCGUCCCGAGUUUUUUCAAAAAAAAAUCGGCCCGAGUUUUCUCGAAAAAAAAUCGGCCCGAGAUUUUCCAAAAAAAAAAUCGUCCCGAGUUAUUUCAAAAAAAAAUCGGGCCGAUUUUUUCAUCCAACGAAAAAAACUCGGAUUUUUUUUUUGAGAAAACUCGGAUUUUUUGAGAAAACUCGGGCCGAUUUUUUGGAAAAUCUCGGGCUGAUUUUUUCGAAAAACUCGGGCCGAUUUUUUCAGCUCGGGCCGUUUUUUUCGAAAACUCGGGCCGAUUUUUUUGGAAAAUCUCGGGCUGAUUUUUUUUUGAGAAAACUCGGAUUUGAGAAAACUCGGGCCGAUUUUUUGAAAAACUCGGGCCGAUUUUUUUGGAAAAUCUCGGGCUGAUUUUUUCGAGAACUCGGGCCGAUUUUUUUCAUUUAGUGAGCAUCUAAUGAGUAUUGUCUAAAGAAAAUGAUAUUUUUUGAUCAAUUUUUUUUUUCUUUCAAAAAUUUGUAAAUCUGGAAGCUCUUCCAGUUUCCACAGAAUUUUCCACAGAAAAGUGACAAUAAUCACAGAAAAAAGUGAAACUGAAAUAAAUUAGAAGACUAUUGUUCCGCCUGAGGCUAACAGCCCCUAGUUUGUGAUAAAAAUCAAAAUGUUGGAUUUUUACCCCUUUUUCAGCCUAAUUUCAGCUUUAUCAGGCUGAAGAUGCUGAAAUUUCAAAUUUCAGAUGUUUUUCUCAACUACCCUAAGCAUUUCUGAAAAUUUGAGACCAAAAUCAAAAUGUUUGAUUUUCAUCACAUUUUCAGCCUAAUUCAGCUUUAUCAGGCUGAAAAUGCUGAAAUUUCAAAUUUCAGAUGUUUUUCUGAACUACCCUAAGCAUUUCUGAAAAUUUGAGACCAAAAUCAAAAUUUUCAAAUUUUAGCCCAUUUUAGCAUUUUCCAGCUGAAAAUUUUGAAAUUUUCGAUUUUCAGUCAAAAUUCUAGCUGCAAAUCGUUAGCUUAGAACCUCAUAUUUCUCAAAAAACAGUAUCUGACAAUUUUUGAACAAAAAAGAUGAAAAAUAAAAAAUAAAAAAAACUACAGUAACCCACACACAUGCACACACACAUGUGCGCGCGCGUGUGUGCGCGCGGAAUAGAUCAAAUCUUUUCAGGGCCAUAAAACUCGACUUGGGCCAAGGUUUAAAAUUUUUAUUUUGAUCGAUACCUACCUAAAAAAUCACGGCGAAUCUUAUUUUUGCGGUUAGAGAGUGCACUAAUGCCUCUGAAAAGAUUUUCAAAAUGGGGUGUUUGUGGAUAGAAGUUGAGAGUGAUUUUUGUUUUUGGGUCUUCACUCAACAAACAAGAGCUCACCGAGACGAGCAAAAUGCUUUUUUACUCAUCAAAAAAUAUUGAGUUUAAGCCUAGUUACGACCAUUUGAAGCUUUCGACCCUCUCACAUAAACCGAGUUACCCUAAAUUAGAGAAUCAGUUUCAGGUCGAGUUAUUAUGUGGAAUAUACUUUUUAAGGGUGGUACUUUUUAAAAAAAUCGAUUCCCAAUUUAUUGGCCACCAUGUGUCAUUUUGUACAGAGCUAUGUGUGGAAAUUUCCUUUCUUACAAAUAAUGUCUGAUAAAAUCUUCCAGAGUUCCUUUUUUAAAAAAUAAAAUCAUAAUUUUUGCAGAUCUGAAAGCUGCGACAUUCUGAACGAAGAUCCACGUUCUGCAUCAAUGAAGAAUUCAAUGUUCCUAUUCAGCCUUGAUGGAAAUCUAAAUAAUGAGACAUGUGAUGACGUGAGUAAAACAAAUUUUUGAGUACAUUUAUUAACAAAAGUAUCCUAUUUCCACAUGUUUAUUUUAUUUAAUCUCAUUUUAUUCUACUCUUUUUUUCAUUUUCAGAUGGAGGAUAUCGAUGAGCGUUCUGUGAUGCACUAUGAGUUAGGCUUCUAUGAUAAAACUGACGGUGAUUGUAUCAGAGGAACAUUGACUUUUGCGUUACGAUACGAUUUUAUUCAUCGUGUAUUAAUGUUGCAUGUUUUGCGAGCCAAUCAUCUUCCAGUCGAAGACAAAGGAAGUACUGUAGAUCCAUAUGUCAAGAUGUACCUUCUCCCAGAACGUCGGAAUCAUUGUAAAACUAGAAUCUGCAAGAAAACCAAUGACCCAGAAUUCAAUGAGAUGUUUUCAUUUGACGUGCCAUUCUCGAACCUUCCCAAUAGAAUGCUUCAAUUCACCGUGUAUGAUUUCGACAGAUUUACACGUCAUGGUCUGAUUGGAAAUGUUAUCAUGCGCGAUCUUUUCGAUAAAUCCGAUCUCUACUCUUGGACCGAAUAUACAAUGCACAUCGUUGCCAGUCAAGAGAAAAACGAUUUCGGAGAUUUGUUAUUAUACCUCUCUUAUUCUAGUGUUGACCAAAAACUGUCCAUCAAUGUGGCCAAGGCUUAUAAUUUGAGACCAAUGGAUAUCACCGGAGCAUCGGAUCCAUACGUAAAAAUUGAGCAAAUCUAUCGAGGGAAACGAGUCAAGUUACGCAAGUCUUCAACAAAACGAGCAAACUUGAAUCCCGUUUAUCAUGAAACCCUGGAUUUUGAAAUUCCGCUUGGUCAAAUCGCUGAAACCAACAUGCUAGUUCAAGUGAUGGAUUGGGAUAGGUUAGUACAACUUUUCUAGAAUUUCAAAAAAGAAAAAACAAUUCCAGAAUCGGUAAAGACGAUCUGCUCGGCUGCUGCAUUCUAGGAAAAGACAGCCCCACCGUCGAAGGAAAAACCCAAUGGGAGAAUUGCCUGCUUAGCUCUCCCACAAUCUUCUCAACCAAAAGACAAACCAAAACCGGUUGGUCAAUGGCAUAG